AUGGCAUCUUCUUCUCAUUAUCACUACCAUAACGAUGACGAUGAUGAAGAUUAUGUUAAUGAUUACGUUGAAGAUUAUGUUAAUGAUUACGUUCAAAACUUUGAUGAAGAACCAAAAAAGCGGAAGCAACGUAUUUAUAUGGAGAGGUUCCGAGAAGACGGCCACCAGAAGCUUUGGAAUGAUUACUUUAGCGAGACUCCAACUUACAAUCCCGAGUUAUUCCGCCGACGGUUCCGAAUGAACAAAUCUUUGUUCCUGCGUAUUGUACAACGUCUCGAAACCAACAUACCGUAUUUUCAACAAGGAACCGAUUGUACCGGACGGUCUAGUCUAACACCCCUACAAAAAUGUACUGCAGCAAUCCGACAGUUGGCUUAUGGCGGUGCAGCUGAUUCACUUGAUGAGUAUGUCCGGCUUGCUGAAACGACAGCUCGGAAAUCUUUGCACAAAUUUACCGCCGGAAUAAUCAGCUUGUUUGGUGAUGAAUACCUACGCCAACCGACACAAGAGGAUCUGCAAAGACUUCUCUAUAUUGGAGACCAACGUGGGUUUCCGGGGAUGAUUGGCAGCAUCGACUUGAACUUCUAUGUUAAUGGUAAUCAAUAUCAUUUGGCAUAUUAUCUCACUGAUGGUAUUUAUCCUAAAUGGGCGACUUUUAUUCAAUCUAUCCGACUUCCUCAAAGUGAGAAACAUUCGUUAUUUGCUAAAACCCAAGAAGCUGUUCGAAAAGAUGUCGAGCGUGCCUUCGGAGUUCUGCAAGCUAGAUUUGCCGUAGUGAAAAAUCCAUCCAAGCUAUGGGAUAAAGACAAAAUAGCAAAUAUUAUGAAGGCAUGCAUCAUACUCCAUAAUAUGAUUGUCGAGGAUGAACGAUCAUCAUACACUCAGUAUAACGUGAGAGAAUUUCAAGAAAGCGAGGAAGAUGAUACAUUCACCGUUACUCCGAAUUCAAAUCUCGGCACUGCAAUGGAUCGUCGAGCGAGCGUCCGUAACAGACAAGCCCAUGAACAAUUAAAAUUCGAUUUAAUCGAAAAUAUUUGGGCUAAAUUUCGACAUUUUCCAAAUAACCAAUGA